UGCCUGCCUCUUCGAAAAUAAAUUAAAUAUUUCGUCAAAUAAAGUACAAAAUUUGGACGGAGGUUUUUUUUGAAUCUUAAUAAAGUUGGGAACUAAAUUAUCGUGAAACUUUGCACAAAAUGGCAGCCGCAGAAGCCCUAACGAAUGCACUGAUCGUCGAUGCCAUCCUCAAACGUUGUCCCGACCCCUCCGACAUUAUCCAGUUUCGGCUCGUGUCCACCCUCUGGAACGAAGUCAUCCUCUCCUUCAACUCGCCCCCCCGGGUCACCGUCCACCUCAACCGGGUCGUCCCAUGGCGCGGCCAGGUCGCCCAGGGCCCCUUCAUCAGCCGCCGCAAGUUAUCCUCCUUCCCGCAAAAACUCCUCAAAUCCGUCGCCCUCAUCGCGCACCCCGACCACGACGCCAUCCUCCCCCAAGCGAUCGACCUCCUCGCCCACGCCAAAGUCAGUCCCCACAUCCAACACCUUUCCGUCCUGGGGGGCGCCUCCGUGGGGAAAUUUGUGCACCAUAUUUUCGCAAAAUGCGAAUUCGAAAACCUCAAAAAUUUGCGGGUCGUCCUCGAUGAAGAAAGAGUGCACACCUACCAGCGCCGCUACCGCGACGAUGUCACCUUGCCGGAAGUGUCCAACCCAGAAAUUUCCGAAAAACCUAAACUCCUCAAAAUUCAAUACAUCGUAGAAUCCAAAGUUUUCCUGGGUUCCGACGUGUCGGAAGAGCAGCAGAAGUUUUUAGGUUUUUUGCUAGCCGUGACGCCGAAUUUAGAAAGUUUACGAGUUAAGGAUGACUAUUUUUCGGAACUUCCCGCCAUUCUUGGAAACUUGUCAGAGUUCAGGUUUACUUGGAAUAUUAGAUUGGAUAAUACGCCGGAUAUGGUAACGUUGCGAAAUUUGAAUAAGUUUCUGGAAAUUGUGAAAGUUUCCUUGGAGCGGUUGCAGUUAACCGUGGGUUUUACGGGGUCUCGGAGGUCGUACGAUUUUGCCCAGUUUAGCGGCGAGUUUCGUUUUCCGGCGGACGGGAUUAAAAACUUGAAAUGGUUUGAGAACGGGGCCAUGCGGAUUUUCAAGUGUGGAGUGCGGGAUUUGGAGAAAAUGGGGAAAUUACAGCAUUUGGACUUGUGCGAGAUUCCGAAUGAGGUUUUGCAAAAGGCGAAUGUUUAUAUGGGGAAUAUUUUAAAGAGGAAUAAGGCGUGUUGGGGGGGAGUUACGAAUUUGAAACUGUGUUGGAUUGAGGAUCUUGAGUUGCUGGAGAAAAUUGGUCCAUCGUUCCCGUCUCUGAGGCGACUAAAUAUCAACGUUCGGCUCUGGAACGUCAACCGGGGCGAGUUGAACAUUUUCCUGCGAAUGAUUUUCGAAAGGUUGGCUUCCAUCAAGGCGUUGACCCACAUUUCCGUGGGGGCUCCCUUUCCCACCAGAUUUUCCGGAUUUGUCGACUUCCUGGAAUAUUUGGCGACAUCUUUUCAAGAUGUGAGCGAGGUGCGCCUGGAGCACUGCACGUGCGACGAGUGGACAGAGGACGGCCCGUUCCAGCGGUUUUACGUCCCCGCCGAAGUUGACGCCAAACAAAUGCGCCGAUUUCGCUCCCUGGUUCCCGCACUUUUGGGGUGUCGGGAAUUAACCGAAAUCACCGGCGUGGAUAUCGCCCGCCUUCAAAAGGGCCUCGUUUUUCGGAAAGGCUCCCCAUUCCAGAGUGAAUUACCAUGGAAGUAAAAUAAUUAGGCCGGGAAAAAUUACUCUUCGUCUUUUUAACCCGGGUUUUACUAAUUUAUGUAAAACGUAUUGUAUUCCUCGUUGCAUGCAACCAACAUGGAUUGCACUGUUAAAAAUAAUAUGAUCGAGUAUAUUUUUACAAAACUUGUCAAUCUUAUCAACGUCAAAUUUUUGUAUAGCGUUUACCUUGUUAUGUAAACCAUUAUUCAUUAUGUAAGUUAGUUAAAUAACAUGAUUUUUUCAAUUAGUCUUAAAAUAUGCGUGUUAAA